AGUUAGCCAUGUAUCUCGUAGAUACACGCGCGACUUAUGGAAGGUUAAGUGAUUCAGCCAACUUUCAUUCAAAGUUUUUUCCCAUAGUCAAUAACAUACGAUAAUAAACAUAUGGACCGUUAUAAUGGAUAACCCUGUAUAUCAUUUGCUGGUAAAUUCUAUGAAAUUAUGUAUAAUUAUUAUUUCUCUGUAUCUAAGUAACUUAUCAACUGAUAUUUUCCGAUAAACAUUAUUCACAAUAAAUUUAUUAAAGAUAAGAGCUGAAUGCAUAUACAUUGCGUCAUUAAAUAUUGUUUGCCAGAGUCUCUAUACUUCUACCCAUCGCCGAGUUCAUCACUUGAAAAUCGAGGCCAAAUAACAAACAAGCUCAGUUCGAAGCCAACCAACAUUUUUAGUUACGACAUUGGUGUGUGCAGUGUGUUCAUUUUGCGUUCAGUGAAGUUUUUUUAAAAAUACAAGAAUGGAAAAAUCCCAAAAUCCUCCACCUUAUUCUCCUCCUCAACCUGGAUUCCAGCCUCCUCCACCUCAACCUGGUUUCCAACCUCCUCCUCAAGGUGGAUAUCAAGGUCCCCCUCAAAGUGGAUUCCGUCCUCAACAAGAUACACAAACAGUAAUUGUGACUCACACAGUGGCGCACGUACCGGUUGGACCAUCUCCAACUUCUACAACAUGUCCAUCUUGCCAUGCUCAGAUAGUUACAUCCGUUGAAACUGAAACGACUACAAAAACACAUUUGUUUGCUUUACUUUUAUGUCUUUUCGGGUGUUGGCCAUGCUGCUGCAUUCCGUAUUGUAUGGAUUCAUGCCAAGCCAAAACCCAUUAUUGUCCAAACUGUAGAGCAUACAUAGGAAAAUAUGAAAAUUAAAAAUUUUAUUAUGUUUAAUUCAAAACUUUGAAUAUAUAGUACUUCCGCUUUAAGAUUACAAUGCCAAUGUACAUAGGCGUUACGUUCUAUAAUAUUUCAGGGAGAUUUUAAAAUUGAUUGUUUUUAUGCUUAUCGAAGUUUUGUAAUAAAAAAUACAUUUAUAUAAAUAAAUAUUCACCUCAAUAUUUUAUGCUUAAACAGUAUAAUUUUUUCGUAUACUUUAUAGUAUUUAAAUCAAUUUGUACUAUAUACCUAUUAUAUACCAAAAUUUGGUGAUUUUCAAAAGAAACAAUUUCUAAUUUUUUGGUCGCUCAAAUUUUAUUUCUUAAUACUUUUUUUGUUAGUAAUUAUAACUUAAAAUGAUAAGUAAUUGAUCAGCUAAUUAGAACAGACUAUAUGCAAUGAAAUACUAAUUUAUUUUGUCAUAUAAAUUAACAGAUUUCCACAUACGGGAUUGAGGAAAAAAUGAAGAAGGUUUUUGAUUAAACUCGCAUGUUUCAUUUAACUUCAUUCUAUUCUUUAAAACUAUUUAUACUAAGAUCUUCAAAAAAUUCUAUUGUGUUUGCGAUACUUAUAUAAUAGAUAUUAAGUUAUUACUAAAUCAAAAAAGUUCUUCACUUCCAAGAAGAAGCGGUGUAGUGAUUCUAAAAAACAUUCUAGUUAUUCUAGAAUUAUUACUAAUGCUUGAGUAGAUUACAGACUUGAUUUUGUAUUAAUCUGUUAAUUAUAUUACAAUUAGGUGAUUUUAUUUUGAAGAAAUUUGUGAUUUUAAUAGGGGUUUAUUCUUAAAUAAUAACCUUGUUAUAAGUGCCUUUGUUUUUCACAUCAACAAUACCCUAUGAACAUUCCAUGGAUUCCUUGAACGUAUAAGUAUUACCAGCAAAUUCUUAGUUCAUUAUAUGUCUUCCUAGGGAAGUAUAUAAACGACAUUGAUUGAGCAUCCUUCCCUAUUCUUUGUAAAAUUCAAUUUUGUAAGAUACCUUCUAUCAUGACUCUUUUUCAAAAGCUACUAAUAAAGUUUUUAGUAAAAACGUUGAAUAAAUCUUUUUGGACAUGUGUAAUAUUUAUAUUGCCAUCAUUAGGAUACUUUAUUUCAUUAAAAAAAUAUUAACACAAAACUUGAGUGCAUGUUUAUACGUCUUUAAGGUAUAUUCAAUUCAUCCUUGGUUAUUUAAUAAACACUAUGAGUGUUCUGUAUGUUAUAUUGUGAACAAUCUAGAUAUUAUGGUUCACAUAAUAAAUACAGGUUUAUGUUACAUACCAAAAAUGUGUCAUUUAAUUCAUUUGUAAUUUUUACUUUCUAAUAAUAUUUUGUUGAGUAAUGUUAUAAUUUUAUCUACCUAAAUUUAAUUACAUGCUAUUUACUUACAGUGUAUACAAAAGUAUAGAUAAGAUAAAAAUAUUGAUCCUUUUGAGAUAUAUCUAUUUUAAUAUUUGUAUGUUUUAUACAGUUAAGAAUAUUGUAGUCACCAAUUCACAUUAAAAGAAAUUAUUUUGCA